AUGCAGCUAAAGCGGUCAGUACUGCAUCUGUAUACGCAAUGUCUACGAUCAGCGCGCAGAUGUCCAAAGUGGGAGCAGCGCGAGAUGAUGAAAGUGUACGUGCAAAUGAAGUUUCGUGAUGAGAUUAACACAAAGGAUCCGGAUCGAGUGAAAGCGCUGCUGGCGGAUGGGAGAGAGGAACUCGAGCGCAUGAACUACUAUCAUUCUAUCUAUAAGACCAAGCAAAGAGUGGAGAAAACUACUGCAGAUGCUACUGAUAUUGCACCGAUUGGCAACAGACGACCACUUCAUUGCCCGCAGUGCCAGGUCACGUAUUCAUCAAAGCUGGACAACUUUUGCGCCAAUUGCGGCUUGAAGAGACUAGAAUGUUCAUGA